CUCAUUUCCAUUGCCAGAAGAGAUGUCAUCUUCUCUCUUUCUUUCUCUGAAGCAGCUCCUAUAAAAGACAAAGUAAAUGCAACAAUCUCCACGAGUUCUGUCCCUCCUCUUAAACUCAUUCCAUUUCCAUCACUGGCCUCACAGCAUUAAUGGCCAAGUGGAAGAAGAAGAACAACCCCAAGAAACUGUCCUACAUCUCAGUCCCCUCUCAGAUAAUCAACCCCAUUUCCUCUUCAUCUCUCCAAUCUCUGCUUGACUCUCCCAAGAAAUCUUCAAGGAACACCAACGUCGUCUUCAUUAAUGGCUUCCCUGCUAAACACCCAAAACUGCUCUGUUUUUUCACUCUCUUCCUCCUUUCCUUCCUCGGCAUUCUCAAUUUCCUCCCUUUUUCUCCCUACCCAUGUGCUACAACACUGCCCAAUGUUCCAAUCUCUAGUGGGUAUCAUUUAAAAUCCAAACUUGGGGUUAUUUCCUCAAAUGGGUAUGUUUCAAAAUCCGAGCUUGAGGCUUUUUCCUCUGAGAAAGGAAGAGAAGAAAAUGAAACAGGAGAUUCGGAGUUUUGGAAGCAACCGGAUGGACUGGGGUAUAGGCCAUGUCUGGAUUUCAGCAGGGGGUUCAGAAGAGAAAGUGAAAGGAUUGUGAAGGAAAGGAAGAAGUAUUUGAUGGUUGUGGUUGCUGGAGGAUUGAAUCAACAAAGGAAUCAGAUUGUGGAUGCUGCUGUGAUUGCUAGGAUUCUUGGGGCUGCUUUGGUUGUCCCCAUUUUGCAGGUCAACGUCAUUUGGGGCGACGAAAGUGAAUUUGGGGAAAUAUUUGAUUUGGAGCACUUCAAGAGAGUUCUUGGGGGCGAAGUGAGAGUGGUAUCUGCAUUGCCUUCAACGCACCUCAUGACAAGGCCAGUGGAGGGAAGCCCUCCUCCCCAUGUCACUCCUGCUUGGAUCCGUUCUCGCUAUCUCAAAAGGCUCAACAGAGAAGGUGUUUUGCUCUUACGCGGAUUGGAUUCAAGGCUGUCCAAGGAUCUUCCUCCCGAUCUUCAGAAACUUCGAUGCAAGGUUGCUUUUCAUGCACUAAGGUUUGCAAAACCAGUGGAGGAAGUUGGGAACAAGAUUGCUGAGAGAAUGAGGAGAAAAGGGCCAUAUAUAGCUCUGCAUCUGAGAAUGGAAAAGGAUGUGUGGGUCAGAACAGGAUGCCUACCAGGUCUAAGCCCACGGUAUGAUGAAAUUGUCUACAAUGAAAGAAUACAACGCCCAGAGCUCCUAACUGCAAGAUCAAACAUGACUUAUCAUCAACGGAAGCUGGCUGGCCUCUGCCCCUUGAAUGCCAUGGAGGUUUCCAGGCUGCUUAAAGCUCUAGGAGCUUCAACAAGUGCGAGAAUCUACUGGGCUGGUGGGCAACCAUUGGGUGGGAAAGAAGCAUUAGUUCCUAUAAUCGAAGAGUUUCCAUAUUUUUACAAUAAAGAAAAUCUUGCCUUGCCAGGAGAACUAGAGCCUUUCAGAAACAAGGCUUCUCUAAUGGCUGCUAUAGAUUACAUAGUUUCUGACAAGAGUGAUGUUUUCAUGCCUUCUCACGGAGGAAAUAUGGGCCAUGCAAUUCAGCAGGGCCACCGAGCGUAUGCAGGGCACAAGAAAUACAUAACCCCAAACAAAAGACAAAUGCUCUCUUACUUUAUGAAUUCUUCUCUCCCAGAAGCAGAGUUUAACAGGAUCAUCAAGGAAUUGCACAAAGACUCAUUAGGGCAGCCUGAACUCAGAACAAGCAAGGCUCAAAGGGAUGUCACCAAAUAUCCUGUCCCGGAGUGCAUGUGCAAUGAUUCAAAUGCUCCUUCCUUCAUAUAAUCCGUGACCAUAGCCUCCAGUGAAUGCUCCUGAGUCCUGACAAGGGAGUCGGCUCUAGUUUUGGUGGGUCCUAUGAUUUUUGGAAAGCAACUUAGGGUAUCUUUAGGGCAACUCUCAUGGCAGGUGCAGCCACGUCAUUUUUUAAACAUACUAAAUUAUCAUUCUUUAAUUCGUUAUGCUAAAAGCUUGUAAAGGUUGCAAGAGAACAUGACGAACUAGAAAGUCUGGCCACAAAAACAAUCAUGUUUUCAACUCUAGGCACGCUAUGUAAAGAAAAUUUCUCAGAAUUAAAAAGUGUAGUUUCAAGUCUGUAAUCUAGAA